CCACUGUGACACGCAAUCCAGUUUGAUUUCUACGCUUCAAAGGAGACUGAAAGACCCUUAUCAUCAAAAUGAAUGCUGAAAGGGAUGAACAGAUCAUUGACACCUACUACACCUCAGUUCAUACAUCCUGCAGGAAAAAUGGAAAGGAGAGAAGGCAGAUCCGCUACAUGCAAAAAGAUGGCCGGUUUCUGGUGUCAUUCCAAAAACCCCACGGAGACUGGGGCCCAUAUUUGCUGGACAUCUUCACCACCCUCAUAGAGAUUCGAUGGAGCAUGAUGAUCCUCCUCUUCUCACUUUCUUACAUUGUCACCUGGAUGUUUUUCGGUCUCUGUUAUUGGCUUAUUGCCUACAUACACGGAGACACUGAGAGUGUAGAUAACAGUCCUUGUGUGGAUAAUGUGCGUGGUUUUACUGGAGCAUUCCUGUUCUCGAUGGAGACCCAGGCAACUAUUGGCUAUGGCAACAGGGGGAUGACGGAAAACUGCAUUGGGGCUAUUAUUGUGGUAACUAUCCAUGAUGUAUUUAGCUGCUUUCUUGAUACAAUUAUUAUCGGCAUUGUCGUGGCAAAAAUGGCUUCUGCCCGAAAGAGGGCUCAGACAGUGGGAUUUAGCAGUUGUGCAGUUGUCAACCUACGAAAUGGGGUUCUUUGUCUCUCAUGGCGUCUUGGAGACUUCAGAGGUAAUCACAUUCUUGAAGGGGUAAUCACGGCCUAUCUUGUUCGCCAUGUAAAGCAAAAAGUUGGUUCUGUUAGGAUGUUGUACCAGGACAUAGAGCUUGAAAACCACCAUGUUGUCCUUGCUACUCCUACGACAAUUAUUCACAAGCUAAAACCAGGGAGCCCCCUCUACAAAAUGGGUCCCGAUGAUUUGCAAGAGGAGAACUUUGAACUGGUGGUCUCCUUCACCUAUACAGGAGACUCUACAGGUAUGCUCCACCAGACACGCACGUCAUAUACUCCGAGAGAUAUUCGCUGGGGGCAACGUUUUCAGGAUAUUCUGAAAGUGGGAAAGAAGCGCUACAAGGUGGACUAUGCCCUCUUCAAUGAGACCACCUGGGUUUCUGUGCCCAUGAUCUGUGCAGAGGCUUACGAAAGAGAGACAAGACAUCUUAAUGGGGAUGAUACGCUUCUACCAUCAGUCACAGAAAGUGGGCAAAUCUACUGGACCAACAAUAACACCCCUGAGGAGGUGGUUGUACAAACUUCUCUGUAA